AUGGAUGCCGGAUCACGGAGCUGCAGGCAUAGCGCGGUUGCAAGGACGAAGCGGUGCAGAAUCCAAUCAUUGCAAGAGGAAUUGAACGUCAGCAAGUCAGCAGCAGUCAGGAUAGCCGCUGUGCCCAAGGAGACCCCGCCCGGCGAGGCACUUGAUGCUUCGAUACAACUCUGCACCUCACUGGGAAAAGUUCCGAGGGCUGAAUUUGUCUCGCCCUCUGGCUCGGUAUUCAAGCUAUUACUGCAAUCAUGA